AUGCAGGGAAAGGGACGAGGUGCCACAAACCUCGUGGUUAUAUGUGAUGAUACAAUCUUAGUUGGUGUCAAUACCAGGGUUACAUGUGGUCAAAGAAAAGGGUUUAUACUCGAUGAAAAAGCAAAGAAAUCAUUUACAAUCAGUGACAAUAUACUUGCAGUCAUUGCAGGAGAUAACAGUCUAUGCACUGAAAUGUUAACUUAUGUGAAGGAAAGGUUGAAAUAUCCAGUGGAAAUACAUAGGGAACCAUAUGCAGGCAUCCGUCUUGCAGCACUAGAAGCCUGGAGAUAUUGCAAUUUUGUAACGAAAUUUGAUGGGCGUGCUCUUAUAGUUGGAUGGGAGAAAAAGGAUGAGAGCUAUCAUCCUCUUACAUAUCUCGUUAGUACAUCUGAACUUAUCGAAAAAUCCACUCCUUACGAAGCACUUGUGAAUGGAUCCGGUGGUCAACAUGCUUAUUUUUAUUAUGAGGUUUACAAGAAAGGCAACAACAGAGAAGAAAUUUUCGAACUUAUGAAAAGGGCUUUAUUAUUUGCAGCCAUUUUUGAUGAAAAUAUCGGUGGUAUUAUACGUGUGGUUAAGUUGAAACCAUUAGGCUAUUAUGAGUUAUAUCACCAAUCGGUUCUAAAUGUGCUUUUUUAUCAUUACAAUGAUUUCGCCACUCCUCUUUCCAAUUCGUUGUUCUCUGUCUGGUACAACAGUGAUUACGAAUAUACUCAUGAGCUUAGUGUUUUUAUCAAGCAUUUGUAA